AUGGACGUGGCUGCAAUAAGAUCAGACCUCUGCGGCCUCACGGUUCGACUUCAAGCUGUGGAACAAAUCACGAGCAGCCACACACCACGCCUCACGACCCUGGAGAAAUCAGCCCAGGAGGUAGAGCACACCCAGGAGACCCAAGAAAGGCGAAUAGCAGCUCUCAAAAAUGCAUGCCGCAAAAAGAACCUCAAGAUGAAAUCGAAGCAGCUGAGUUGCCUCACCUCCUAUGAAGACUCUUCACAGAAUUACUCACGCUUAUGCAAGCCAAGAAGAUACAGGUGGAAGGCUUCUUCAGGCUCCCAAAACCAGCUAGAGCACCCGCAACAGCAACACGCAACACGCAACACGGUGGUCCAGUUUGAAUCCGGCCGUGAUAAGGCUGCAGUCAUCACAGCUGCCAGGGAGAGAUCGCCUCUCAACUUUGAAUCCAUGCAACUCACCUUCUGCAACGACCUGUCCUCAGGCACAUUGGCUUGGAAACAAUUCCUUUGCCCUCUCACCACGAUCCUGCGGACACAUAAGAUCCGCUACUGA